AUGCAGCUCAAGCUGAGCAAGCAAGAGAACGCUCGCUUGAAGCUUCAGGCAACCCGCCUGAGCCAGGACCUCUCUGCGCAUUUCGAGGAGGGCAUCGUGCGCACCAUCCAGUCCGCUUGGCAGACCUUCUACGAGUGGCAGUCAUGCGUGUCACCUUCAGUCCAAGACACAUGGCGCACACUCGGCCAGCACAUAGCAUCCCUCGCACUUGGCCAGGAGUGGAUAUCAUUCUCCGCCCGCUCCGAUCACCUCCUCGACCCUGAGACGCUGCUGCGCAACCCCGAAGCCAUCAACUAUUCCUCCAAAAAAGACCCUUUGGUGAUCACCGCGCACACAGGCUACCUCGAGCGCAAGAAGCGCUCCACGCGCAUGUACCGCGAGUCUUACUAUGUCCUCACCCCCGCUGGCUUUUUGCACGAGUACUCGUCCUCCGACCCAACACAGUCCACUUCUCCGCUCUUCAGCCUCUUUCUUUCUAUGUGCACGCUCGGCCACGUCUCCGCGCCUACCGAGAAGUCGCACAAGUUCCACAUCGAAGGCAGGCGCGACGGUUCUGGUACGACCAAGACAGGCUCACUGCGGAUAUGCAGCGGCCAGCACGCGUGGAGCUUCCGUGCACGCAGCCACGAGGACAUGAUGGAGUGGUGGAACGACGUGCGCAUGCUCUGCGAGCGUUAUCUUGUUGCCAGCGAGCGCAUUGAGCGCAGCGGGCCAGUCGCCGCCGCCGUGCGUGCUGCCGGAUACCUCAGUGAGGAGGAGGGUGACGACGACGAAGGAAGCAGUGUCGAGGAGGAGCAGGAUGAUGGCGAGGGCGAAGAAGAAAUGUAUUAUGAGGCGAGGUAG